AGCCAGCCUAUGCUGUAAGGACUCAUUGACGCCAGCACUAGCAAGUUAAACUAACGACAAAAAUGAACAAAUCACUCAGAAAAUGAAUUUGACUCGCGAGUCGGUAAAAAGAAUCAUUCAAAAAGAAUGAACAAUUCGCGAACUAAAGAAAUGUAGACCGGUUGAAUCAGUGAAGGAGUCCAGUAACGGGACCGGUUGAAGUUUCACUUAAGAAACCACCUAUUGUUGACAUUUGCCGAAGUUAUUCAAUGGCAUGCCACGUAGAGAAAAUUGGAACAAUAUAUUAGAUUCAUGCUAUAUUUUUGCUCACUCUUGGUUGUCUAAACAACUUGUGUUGUCUUUCGCAAGGAAAUUGCAGGAACCUUCCAGUGGCGUUCCACUGUGUCACUCGGAACUAUUUCUUAACCGGACUAUGGGAACACUUGUUAUCCUCAAAGGUCCAGGAAGAAAAACGACGAAGGAUAUUACAGUUUAAAUGAUAGCGUACAAUAUAAUUAGAGACGUGAAAUAUACAGCUCCGGGAGAAGUUUGAAGUAUUCAAGUAUGGAGUCGGGUCGACGAAAAGGUCUCAACGGGGUCCUGUCUUCCUUGUCUCUGCUCUGUGUCAUUCUGGACAUCCAGUUGGACGGUGUCUUGGGGGCAACUCAUGUGGAGAUUGAGCAGCACUUGGAGAUGGGCCGUAAGCUGUUGGCCGCUGGUCAACUGGCGGAGGCUUUGUCCCACUACCACUAUGCAGUGGAGGGAGACUCUAAGAACUACCUCACCUACUACAAGCGGGCAGCUGUGUUUCUGGCCAUGGGGAAGUCCAAAUCAGCCCUUCCAGAUCUGACCAGAGCCAUCCAGCUCAAACCAGACUUCCUGGCUGCCAGACUGCAGAGAGGGAAUAUCCUCCUGAAGCAGGGCAACACCCAGGAUGCUCGGGAGGACUUUGAGACUGUGCUGCAUCGCUCCCCUGACCAGGAGGAGGCACGGGACCAGUUGAUGAGGGCCAACAAGCUGGAGGAGCUGCGGGAGGAGGCCCACGCGGCCCACCACAGAGGAGACUACAGCACCACCAUCACUGUGCUGGACCGCGUCGUAGAGCUCUCCCCCUGGGACCCUGAGUCACGGGAGCUCCGAGCUGAUUGCUACAUCCGCCUGGGAGAUCCCAGGAAGGCCAUCCACGACCUGACUCCCACCACCCAGCUGAGGAAUGACAACCGAGCUGCCUUCCUCAAGCUCAGCAUCCUGCAUUAUCGCCUGGGAGAGCACCAGGAGUCACUAGGUCACGUCCGAGAGUGUCUGAAGCUGGACCAGGAUGACAAAGACUGUUUAUCCCACUACAAACAGGUGAAGAAGCUCAGCAAGCAGCUGGACUCUGCCGAGGAGCACAUCGAGGAGGCGAGGUAUCAGGAGGCCAUAGCUAAGUAUGAGUCAGUGAUGAGAAGAGAGCCUAAUGUCCCAUACUACACCAACAAGGCCAAUGAGAGGAUCUGCUUCUGCCUGGUCAAGAACAAGAUGACUGCUAGGGCAAUAGACAUCUGUUCUGAAGCCCACCAGAGAGACCCACGCAACAUCAACAUCCUCCGAGACAGAGCUGAGGCUUUCAUCCUCAACCAGGACUACGAACAAGCGGUGGAAGACUACCAGGAAGCGAGGGAGUUUGACAUGGAGAACAAUGAGAUCAGGGAAGGUCUGGAGCGAGCCCAAAAACUGCUCAAGCUCUCCCGGAAGAGAGACUAUUACAAGAUCUUGGGUGUCAAUAGGAGUGCCAACAAACAGGAAAUCAUUAAGGCGUACAGGAAGCUGGCCCAACAGUGGCAUCCUGACAACUUCAGGGAGGAGGCAAAGAAGAAGGAGGCGGAGAAAAGGUUCAUCGACAUCGCCUCUGCUAAAGAGGUGCUCACCGACCCAGAAAAGCGUCAGAAAUUUGACUCGGGCGAGGACCCCCUGGACCCAGAGAGCCAGCAGGGUGGAGGAGGGGGUCAGGGUGGCCAAGGACGGCCCUUCCACUUCAACCCCUUCGAGUCCGGCGGCAACUACCACUUCAAGUUCAACCACUAGUGAGGACGAGAAACAUGCGGGGGCUGACGGAACCGGAAAGGACCUACGAUUGGGGGAUUUAAGGCCUAUGAAAACCCGUGGAGUAAUUUAUGGAUGUACCCAGGUGUCGGGUUUGGGGGAUUGUGGUUAAUGUAAUGAGACUACGGGGACGUGAAUGACUGUCAAAGGCAGUGGACUACUACUGUCCCUCGAGGGUUAAACUUUCUACCACAGAUUCUACAUUGAUGAAACUGGGUGACAAUGUGUUGGCAAGUUGACUCUGAGAAGUAUUUUAUUAGGAUCCCCAAUUAGCCGCUUCCAAGGCAAUGUCUACUCUUCCUGGGGUCGAAACAGGAAACAAAAAACAAAUAAUAUACAAUACAUAAAAAUGUCUGUCUCCACAGUCGGCGUCGUGAGGUGUUUUUAAAAAUCUGAUUUUAAGGCUGGCUGAUAAUCUUACCUGGGGUGGCAGAGUUCCAUGUAGUCAUGGCUCUAAUUUAAUACUGUGCAUUUCCCAGCCUCAUUUCUUGACUUGGGGACUAUGAAGAGUCCUCUGGCUGCAUGUCUUGAGUGGUACUGAACUGUGUACCAACUGCUUGAACGGACAGUUCAGUACCUUUUUUAACCCAUCAUCACCUCACACAAAGACCAAUAGUGACGCAGUCAAUCAAUCCUCAACUUUGACCCAAAAGAGAUUGCCAUGCAUACCACUGAUAUUCACCCUCCGCAUACAUCUAAGUGCAAUAUGUGCUGCUCUGUUCUGGAGCAAUUGCAAUUUUCCACUCGAGUGGUCGAAGAUGCGAGAAUGAAGACUGGUAUAGGUGUGCUGUUCAGUCGUUCCAACUAGGCCCAGGCUGUAGAUGACAUCAGUGCAUCCCUCCUCUAGUAUCCAUGUCCUUUUUCUUUGGGAUGUCUGUCUGCUGCUUUUGCUUUGUUUGCAGUUUUUUUUCUUUUUCGCCUCAUUCUUCCUCUAAGGGCUCGUUUUGGUAACAACGUAGCUCUUUUGGUUUUUGCUCUGCUACAAUAACCUGGGUGUCGGACUCCUUAUCCAUUUAUUUAUAAUGCUAAGACGAGCUCAAGUCGGAUAAAAUCAGAUUCAGACUGACAUCCAAGCUACUCCGACAGAUUAUAUUCAGAAAAGUACAACAUUCAGAGUUUUCAGAAUAUUUUAUAAGAGAUUGAUGUCGUUCUCUUCACCACACAAACUAUGUGUCUGUUUUUUAAAUAUUUCUUAUAUUUCUAUCUGCAAAGCUCUGAAAGUUGUUCUCCACUAAAUUGGCUUUCACUCCUUCCUGGUUGCGUACCCAAUCACCAUAGAUUAUAGAGGCCUCUAGUGGCCAAAAGGCAGUUUUGGCAUGGGCAGUGCCAUUGAGGGCUUCCACCAUUUUAAUGUAGUCAACUGGGAGGGACUUCCAACUUCAUUGGCUGAUGACCAACCAGGAUCAGCCAAUCGUGAAGAAAAUUGACUAUAUAAAAAUUGAGCUUGCUAUAAUGGCACAGAUAUAAAGAUGAGUCCUUUCUCAAUGCCAAUCACACGACUCCUUCCUAGUUGUGUAACCAAUCAAAAGGGUGAGCAUGAAGCUUCUCUGUCUACUUCCUGAAAGAGCCUGCGUUGUUGCAUUCUCUCUCCUUUUUACAUUGAUUUCAAAGCAUGUCUGAAUGAAAACUUGCACUUUUUGUAUUUUGUCUAUUUUCUUUUUAAUAACCACUCCUGAUGUUACUGAAAAUGUGUUCCACGGUUCAAAGCAACUGAAGGGACUGACUGCAACGACGAACAAACUAUUGAGUCAUUUUAAUGUGUCAAACAAAUGAUAGACUACAACCUGUAUGGACUGUCAAUAUCGUCCCAUCAACUAUUAACAUGCAUUGAAUUCUAAGGAUACAGUAUAGCUGUAACUGAAAGCUUUGAAUGUCACUGACUGCUAAACUACAGUGCCUUCAGAAAUUAUUCAUACCCCUUGACUUUCACCACAUGUUGUGUUACAGCCUGAAUUUUAAAUGGAUUUACACAGAUGGUUUUUAUGACGACUUCACAUAAUAUCCCAUAAUGUCAAAGUGGAAUUAGGUUUUCAUAAAUUAACAAAUGAAUGAAAAAUUAACAAAUUAAAAGCUGAAAUGUCUUCAGUCAAGUAUUCAACCACUUUUUGUUAUGGCAAGCCUAAAUAAGUUCAGGAGUAAAAAUGUGCUUCACAAGUUGCAUGGAAUGUUAUGUGUUUAAUAUACUUUUUGAAUGAGUACCUCAUCUCUGUACCCCACACAGGUAAUGAUCUGUAAGGUCCCUCAGUCGAGCAGUGAAUUUCAAACAUCGAGUCAACCACAAAGACCGGGGAGGUUUUCCAAUUCCUCGUAGGGAAGGGCACCUAUUGAUUGAUGGGUUGAAUAUAUAUAUAUUUUUUAGAGCAGAUAUUAAAUAUCCCUUUUGAGCAUGGUGAAGUUAUUAAUUAUACUUUAGGUGUUAUAUCAACUCACCCAGUCACUACAAAGAUAUAGGCGUGCUUUCUAACUCCGUUGCAGGAGAGGAAGGAAACCGCUCAGGGAUUUCACCAUGGGGUUAAUGGUGACUUUGAAGCAGUUAGAGUUUAAUGGCAGUGAUAGAAAACGGAGGAUGGAUCAACAACACUGUAGUUACUCCACAAUAGUAACCUAAUUGACAGUGAAAAGAAAGCCUGUACAGAAUAAAAAAUAUUCUAAAACACGCAUCCUGUUUGUAUCAAGGCAUUUAAGUAAUACUGCAAGAAAUGUGGCAAAGCAAGUCCCUCUUUGUCCUGAAUAUAAAAGUCUUAUGUUUGGGGGAAAAUGCAAUACAACACAUUACUGAGUACCACUUGCCAUAUUUUCAAACAUAGUGGUGGCUGAAUAAUGUUAUGGGUAUGCUUGUAAUCAUUAAGGACUGGUGAGUUUAUCAGGUUGAAAAAGAAACAAUGGAGCUAAGCACAGGCAAAAUCCUAGAAGAAAACCUGGUUCAGUCUGCGUUCCACCGGAAACUGGGAGAUUAAUUCACCUUUCAGCAGGACAAUAAUCUAGAAUACAAAGCCACAUCUACACUGAAGUUGCUUACCAAGAAGUUUUGACUUAAAUAUACUUAUAUCUAUGGCAAGACCUGAAACUGGUUGUCUAGCAAUGACCAACAAUCAAUUUAACCAAGCUAGAAUAAUACAAUCCAGGUGUGGCAAGCUCUUAGAGACUUACCCAGAAAGACUCACAGCUGUAAUUGCUGCCAAUGGUGUUUCUACAAAGUAUUGACUCGGACAUGUGAAUAUGUAUGUAAAUUGGAUAUUUCUGUGUUUCAUUUUCAAAAAAAUGUGCUUUCACUUGGUGGAAGAGGUGGUGAGACUUUAAUCCAUUUUGAAUUCCGGCUGUAACAAGAAAAUAUGGAAUAAGUCUAGAAUAAGUCAAGGGGUCUGAAUACUUUCUGAGGGCACUGUAUGUCAUCAUUUUAAUGUGAUACCCUUGUGUUAAAUUAAAUGCCUGGGAUGGGUUAUUUUCUGGGGUUUGUUUUUUACGGAUAGUUUUUACAUUGCCAAACAGAAUCAACUGAAAUGUUCAAAAACUGUAUUAAAAUAUGUGAACAAACCCUG